UAUAAUUCAGAGCAUUGUGGCAGUCGUCAGUACUUUGGACCUUAACAACCAGCCACUCCUAUUGAUCAGCACGCGGAUCUGACAGAUAUCACAUACCUUGUUAAGUUACAACUUAUUCCAAAUACUGUACAUAGGUACCGAGUCAUUACACUAUACAGAAUACCAUACCCUUAAAGUGCUCAUUUGAUGUAUGUGUCCUGUUGAACAGAGGACAGGAGGAACCCGCUUACUUUUAUACUUAAUUCUAAAGUUUGCUUUUAAAUGGACCGAGUGAUGUCAGUGAAAGUAACAGAAAUAUUAACUAUAUCCUUGUUUCUAUUGUUGACUCUGAGAGUUACACUGGCCUACCCUUUUGGACUUCACAAUUUUGUGGUACCGAAGGAGCCAGCAGUCGAGGACCAGAACGAGUAUUGGAAUGAACUACUAGACGACCAAGGUACAAAUGUUCCCGUGAAAAGAGGCUGUGUUGGAUUUCCUUGUGUAUACACCCAUAUGGCGGAAAGGGCAGGACGAGCUUCUAUAGAACGAUAUAUAGCCAAACUAAUUGAAGACUGCAUGAACGAUGAUCAUUGUAAUCCAGGAAAAAGAAGGAGGAGGUCGUUAAAGAACCAGCUUAGACAACGGCGAUCAUCCACUUGGUGAAGAGUUACCAAUGAUCUCCUGGACACUACAUCAGAAUGCCGAGAGGGAAAUUAAGCGGCAAACCUGAUCCGGCUUGAUCAACAUAAACAGAUUAAAUAGGAACAAUUUAAUUGAUUUCAAUAUUUUUAUAUGAGAAUUGAUUUUACAUAUAUUUUCCCAGCGAAAAGCCAUUUCUUAUGGUAAAGCUUUUCCUACUAGAGUGUCUUUGCAUUUCUUUGUGGAUAAGGAUAUUGCAUUAAGAAAAAAGCUAUUGAAAAUUAAAUUGUCGAGAUUAAAAGGAGGGGCAACAAUGAAGAACCUUUGCUUGUUCGAUUGUUAGAAUGGUUUUGUUUAUUUCAAGUCGGUAACUACCAUCCAUCUUGUAUCGUGCUUGGUGAGCAUUAGGGCUUGAUUUGGACAGGUUCGACGAUGUCUAAAUGAGUGAAAGAGCGAAAUUGGAUUUGGUUAUUUUAAAUCAAUAAAUUGUCAAACAUGGUAUUUACACUAUAAUAUUGUCAAAUAAUGAAAUAACGAAAUAUAAUAAUCCGGUGUACUGCAUGGAUCUAAAUCGAUAGAAAGUGAAUAGUUUAAUUAUAUAAUUGGUGAAAAUGCUGAAGGUAAACCUCUCUGCAUGUAGCAUCCUUUGUGUCGCAGCUUAAGUCUUGUUAAAUUGUAGUAUCCUAAAUUCGAGCAAGUUUAGUUGGUUUGCCAUUUUAUUUACAUUACAUAUCGAUACUUCUUAUUCACUGUCAUUCAGGAGGAGUCUUUGUAGCACAGUUCGGAUAAUGCUUACAAUAUCAAAAUGAGUUUCUGGUGUUUUUCGGUUUUGGUAUUAUGGAAAUAAAGGUACAAUGAAGAGGAUACGGUACAUCAAAAGAUCGUUAUGCGUUUUCAAUGUAAAAAAUAACGCAACUAUCUUAUUUUUCAAAUAAUAUUACAAUGCUGAAAACAAGUGGAAUCUCGUCUUUAAAAAAAGUGUAGGUCCGAUCAUUUAUACCUUGUUUGUCACAACCAAUCAAGUAAUUUUGACAUUAUUUAAAUGUUAUGAAAUAGUAUUUCACUCAUAUAAAGACACAAUAAAUUGCAGUUUUUAAUACAAAUACUAAUUUCCAUUACGAAAUAGAUAAAUUUGAAAUAAUAAUGAAUUGAUCUUUAUUUUAAGAGAACUGGUCUCAUUUCAGUAGCAAUAAUCCAAGAUAAAAACUGGAGGAUUUCAUGAGUAACCGAAACGUCCGGAAGCGAUGCCGCUCUCGUUAACGAGACCUGCAAUAACAUCUACUGAUCACUGAACUGUAAUACAGAGUGAAAAGUGAAAUAUAUAGUAUGUUGUAAGAAGGUUUGAGUUACAUUUGCGGUAGGCGUAUCUGUUGUAAAAGCUAUGUUUCAACGCAGCGCACAACUCGAUGACUUUAUUAUUAUGAAGCUGCUGUCAAAUUUCUGAUUUAGUUCAUCACCUUGACAUGUUUUAUUGAAAGUAUCAGUGUUAGCUGUGAAACAUAUCUAUAAUAAUUGACGAAGCUUAAAGUAAGAACAUAUCAAAGUAAUCAGAUUUUCUUUUCAUUUUAAUUUCCCAUGUGAAUAACAGAGGAUCGAUAUACUUUUCACUCAAUAACAAAAAUGUAAUGAAUUUCUGUUUGUACAUACAAAGAUUCGAAAUUGAUCAAGAUUUACAAAGAUAAUUUUGCAUAAACAUCAUACCAAACUGUGAUUACUUUCUGUGGGAGUUUAAUCACACAGAUUAUUCAUUAGCAUCGAGGCGAUCCAAUUUUCCUCUUUGUAAACAUUUCUAUAGAACCAUUUCAAGCCUUCAUGUCUACCCUGAACACAUUAAUUGUUAUUAAAAUAGGAUAUUUGAUUACAAUUUGAAAAAGAUAUUUUUGAAUCAUUGGAAAAUAAACAAUUUC